GCUUUGACUGACAGUAUGCCACUGUGUGUGUAUAACGGUCUGUGUGUUAUGUGGUCUUUGGUUUUGGGGCUAAUUGGUGGGUUUUUGUUGGGUUGUCUGUGUUUGUGUGUUCGUGUGUUCCUUUGGGGUGUGGUUUUUUUUCUCGGUUUUUUGGGGGUUUUGGGGGGUUUUGUGGGGGUUUUUUUGGGGGUGUUUGUUUUUUGUUUUGUAGCAUCCCUCACACGUUGGUGGGUUUUUGGGGGGUUUGGCGUUAGGCCCCUUUGCCCGAAAGGUUUUCCGAAAUUUUUCCCCCCAAACAGGAGAGGACCGGGGGGCAAAAAAAGGGCAAAACAGACAGACAGACAGACAGACCGGCCAAAACCCAGACAGGGGAGAAAAAGAAACGGGGCAGAAAACAAAAAAAAACCGGGAAAAAACAACAGACAGACAGGGGACAGGCCCGACCCCGGGAAAAACAGACAGGAACCCGACAGACCGACAGACAGGGCAGACCCCACAGAAACAGACAGACAAGGGCAAGCCCGAACAGGGAAGAAGGACAGGCAGGCAAAACAGGGCAGGGCCAAAAAGAAACAGAAAAGACAGCCCAAAAAGACAGACAGGACAGAACCCGAAGAAAAGAAAAAAGAAAAAAGACCAUACAACAGGCCCGACAGACCCGACAACCGAAAAGAAAAAAGACAGAAAAGGGCCCGACAGGGGGGAAGGACAGACCCCGAACCCCGACAGGAAAAAAGACAGACAGAAAAACCGACAGACAGACAGGACAGAAGACAACAGGCCCGGGACAGAAAAGAAGUAGCUGCCCUUUUUUUUAUUUUGUUUUUUUUUGGGGUUAAUUUUACGCAUCAACGGGGCAGGGAGUUCCUUUAGAAUCCACUCUUGUUAAAAAAUCUAUUAAUUUUUCUCCCCUGUUCCAGCCAAACCCUGUCAUAAUGAGUGAAAAAACUUUAAAACAUUUUUCACAGAAUUAUAUUCCCCCUAAGCAUCCCCCAACCAAAGGGGGAAAUGGGUUCCAAACUAAACCUCGGGUUUCCCAGAUGUGGGGGGAAACUCCCCCCAAAAGAAUGGAUUUUUAGGUGUUCCCAAAGGGCUCUGGGGCCCGAAAAUAGGGUAGGGGAUUUGGGAAGGUUUUACAGGGGGAGGAGGGGAAACAUUUCAGUUUGGAGUUUUCCCCAAUGGAUGUGGGUUUUGGGGGGGUUAAAACAGGUUUUCAGUGUUUUUAAACUCCAAGCACCCUUUUAUCAAAAUGUUUCGGCUUUCUCCCCUUUUGUUUGUUUUUCGUGUUUAUCUCCCCUUUGUCUUUUGAACGAUAGAUUUCCCAACAAGAUUCCCAUUUUGUUCAUUGACCCCGUCGUCAAGCGGAAAACCCCUUAAAUAGUCCUUUAGAGCCUUUAGGGGAACAACACAACCCCCUUUUAGUCAUUUUUGAGCCCUUUUUAGGUAACAACCCCCCCUCCCGUGUCAUGUUAGAGGGCCCCUUUAGGAACAACCCAUCCUCCCUUUUUUAUGGUUUUUGAGCCUGUUAGAGGGAACAAAAACAUCCUCGUUUGUUUAUGUUAGGGGCCUUGGGUUUUCAAAAACAAAUCCUCCUGUAGUAGGGUUGAGCCUGUUAGGGUAACAAAAACCUCCUCCUGAGUCAGUUAGGAUGUUAGGUAAAAAAAACAUUUCCCCCUUUAGCAUGUUAGAGGGUUUUUAGGUAAAAAACACAUUUCCCCCCCCCUUUUUAGUCUGUUUGAGCCUUUUUAGGGAACAAAACAUCCCCCUGUAAAUAAAGUUGAGGCCCUGUUAGGUAACAACACAACCUCCCCGUAAAACCAUGUUUUUUUGGCCCGUUAGGUAAAAACAAACUCCUUUAAACCCGUUGGAGAGCCUUUUUUAGGGGGCAAAAAAACCUCCUGUAGGGCAGGUUUGAGCCCGUUAGGUUUAACCCAACCCCCAUCCUCCCUUUUGUAAGUUAGGCUGUUAGGGGGAAAAACACAUCCUCCCGAGUCUGUUUGAAACCUGUUAGGUAAAACAACAAUCCUCCUGGAUCUGUUUUGAGCCUGGGGGAAACCCAAAAAAACCUCUGUAGUAAAGGGUUUGAGCCUGGGGGGGUUAAAAACCCCAUCCCCCUGUAGGGAUGUUUUGAGCCUGUUAGGUAAAAAAAAUCCUCCCGUGUAAAGUUUGAGGGCCUUUUUAGGUAAAAAACACAAAACCCCCUUUUUAGUCAUGUUUAGAGCCUUUUUUAGGAACCCAAAACCCCCUGGUUCCCGUUGAGCCUGUUAGGGGGAACAAACACAUUUCCCCUUUUUUAGUCAUGUUAGAGCCGGGUUUGGGGAACAACACAUCCCCUGUAGUCAUGUUGGGGCCUUUUUAGGUAAAAACAAACCUCCGGGAGCCCCUGUUAGGCCUGGGUUUUGGGGGAACAACACAACUCCCCGCAGCCUGUUAAAACCUGUUAGGUAACAAACAAUUUUCCCCCUGUAGUAUUUUGAGGGUGUUAGGUAACAAAAACAAACCUCCGCGCCAUGUUUUGAGCCUGUUUGGGUAACAACAAUUCCCCCUGUAGUAAUGGUUUUUGAGCCUGUUUGGGUAAACAACACAACCCCCCUGUAGUCUGUUAGAGCCUGUUAGGGGAAAAAACACAUUUCCCCUGUUAUUUAGUUUUGGGCCUGUUUUGGUAACAAAAACAUUCCUCCCGGAGUCAGGGUUUGAGCCCUUUUUUUAAAGGUUUCCAAAAACCCCCUCCGUGUCAUGUUAGAGCUGUUAGGUAAAAAAAAAAUCCUCCUGAGUAAUUUAGAGCCUGUUAGGUAAAACCAAAAAAACCCCCCCUGUAUUUUAAAGUUUUGAGGCCCUUUUUUAGGGAACAACACCCUCCUCCCGAGUCAUGUUAGGGCCCGUUUGGAACAACAAAAUCCCCCUGUGUAUUUUUAGAGCCCGUUAGGGUUUAAAAAAAACCAAAAACCCCCUUUUAGUCAUUUUUAGAGCCUGUUAGGGAACAAAAAACCUCCUUAAAGUUUGGUCAGGGUUUGAGGCCCUGUUAGGUUAAAAACACAACCUCCUUGGGUUUGUCAUGUUUUGAGCCUUAGGAACAAACACCUCCUCCUGUUUGUCAUGUUUGGCCUGUUAGGUAAAAACACCCCCCUCCGUUGGCAUGUUUGGGGGCCCCCGUUGGUAACAACACAUCCUCCCGUGUAUGUUUUUGAGCCUUUUUUGGGAAACCCAAAACAAUUUCCCCUUUAGGGCAGUUAAACCUGUUAGGAAAAAACACAUCCGCGAAAUCAUGGGUUUGAGCCCGGGUUUUUGGGUUUAAAAACCAAAAUCCUUUUGUUUGUAAUUUUUAGAGCCUGUUACGGUAAACAACCAAACCCCCGCAGCCAAACAGUGUAAUUUUUUGAAAAAUUUGUUUGUAAUGCUUUUGUUUGACAGUGGGGGCCGACAGCCAGGACAGGUCUGGGUUGCGCUCGCGAGUCCUCGGUAUGUCCCCUAUUAUAAGACAUUAUUAAGCUUCAUGCUAAUUUGCUAGCUAGCCAACACUACCAGCAGGCUGUGGUAGCUAAAUACAAUAUCUUUGUGCUAGCUACCCAACGUUUAAUCGUUGCUGCGUUAUGAAAGGUAAGCUUGGCUUCUUAUAUGGUGUUGAGUUAAGCUUAAACCAUGUAUUUAGAUUGUAGGUAGGUAUUGUAGUUUUGCUAUUAUAGGUAGCUUACUCAGGUAGUUAUUGAAGGUUAUUGUAGGUAAUUAUUGUAGGUAAGGACUGUAUUCGGCGGACUCCGGCGAAGCACGAGGCUAGCCUACCCACUACUUGGACCAACAAAGCUAGCUAGCUAGCGGGUAGCUACUGGUAACUUUUGCAACUAUGGUUAAUUGUUUCCAAUGUUAUUUCAUGCUUAAGAGUACCUGUGAUUGAGCCAGCUAGCUGCUACCAUUCAGCUGUUUUUCUAACCUCAUCCGAGGCAUUAACGUUAGGUGGUUGGUAGCUGCUGUACUUAAUUACAGCUACUGAUAACAGUCUGCUGUAGUUUACAACAAUUCUAAUUUCUAAAGUGGAAGUUGGGAGAGUUUUUACUCGGGUGGUUCAGUGAAACAAUUAUAGUUUCUGAGGUGGAAGUUGGGAGAGUUAUAUAUAUAUAUUUUUUGGUGAGGGAGGCCUGCUCUCUCCUUUCCCUGAUGUUUAGUUCAUUUCAUCCCGAUCUCCUCUGCAUUAUUGUAGCCAUCUGCUGCAGCCUGUCAACUAUGCCUCUGCCUAUCCCUGUUCUCUCCUCUCCGCACAGGCUACACAAACGCCUCACACCGCGUGGCUGCUGCCUCUCUAACCUGGUGGUCCCUGCACGCACCACACACCUGGAGUUCCAGGUCUCAGGCAGCCUCUGGAAACUGCCGUUCUGCCGCCAACAAGGCUGACUUAAUCCCAGCCUAUGCCACCCUCCAGUCCCUCGACUUCCUGGCACUGACGGAAACAUGGAUUACCACUGAAAACACUGCUACUCCUACUGCUCUCUCCUCGUCUGACCAUGUGUUUCUCGCAUACCCCGAGAGCAUCUGGUCAGAGGGGUGGUGGCACAGGAAUCCUCAUCUCUCCCAAGUGGUCAUUCUCAAUUUUUCCCCUAACCCAUCUGUCUAUCUCCUCAUUUGAAUUCCACGCUGUCACAGUCACUAGCCCAUUUAAGCUUAAUAUCCUUGUCAUCUAUCGCCCUCCAGGUUCCCUUGGAGAGUUCAUCAAUGAGCUUGACGCCUUGAUAAGUUCCUUUCCUGAGGAUGGCUCACCCUUCACAGUCUUGGGGGAUUUCAACCUCCCCAUGUCUACAUUUGACUCAUUUCUCUCUGCCUCCUUCUUUCCACUCCUCUCCUCUUUUGACCUCACCCUCUCACCAUCCCCCCCCACUCACAAGGCAGGCAAUACGCUUGACUUCAUCUUUACUAGAUGUUGCUCUUCUACUAAUCUCACUGCAACUCCCCCUCCAUGUCUCCGACCACUACUUUGUAUCCUUUUCUCUCUCGCUCUCCUCCAACACUACUCACUCUGCCCCUACACAGAUGGUAACGCGCCGCCGCAACCUUCGCUCUCUCUCUCCCACUACUCUCUCCUCUUCCAUCCUAUCAUCUCUUCCCUCUGCUCAAUCCUUCUCCCUCCAAUCUCCUGAUUCUGCCUCCUCAACCCUCCUCUCCUCCCUUUCUGCAUCCUUUGACUCCCUGUGUCCCCUAUCCUCCCGGCCGGCUCGGUCCUCCCCUCCAGCUCUGUGGCUUGAUGACUCAUUGCGAGCUCACAGAACAGAGCUCCGGGCAGCUGAGCGGAAAUGGAAGAAAACUAAACUCCCUGCCGACCUGGCAUCUUUCACUCCCUCCUCUCUACAUUUUCUUCAUCUGUUUCUGCUGCUAAGGCCACUUUCCUACCACUCUAAAUUCCAAGCAUCUGCCUCUAACCCUAGGCCCUAGGAAGCUCUUUGCCACAUUCUCCUCACUGCUGAAUCCUCCCCCCCCCCCCCCCCCCCUCCUCCCUCUCUGUGGAUGACUUUGUCAACCACUUUGAAAAGAAGGUUGACGACAUCCGAUCCUCGUUUGUUAAGUCUAAUGACACUGCUGGUCCUGCUCACACUGCCCUACCCUAUGCUUUGACUUCUUUCUCCCCUCUCUCUCCAGAUAAAAUCUUGCGACUAGUGACUGCAGGCCGCCCAACAACCUGCCCCGCUUGACCCCAUCCCCUCCUCUCUUCUCCAGACCAUCUCCGGUGACCUUCUCCCCUACCUCACCUCGCUGAUCAACUCAUCCUUGACCGCUGGCCAUGUCCCUUCCGUCUUCAAGAGAGCGAGAGUUGCACCCCUUCUCAAAAAACCAACACUCGAUCCCACUGAUUUCAACAACUACAGACCAGUAUCCCUUCUUUCUUUUCUUUCCAAAAACUAUUGAGCGUGCCGUCUUUAGCCAACUCUCUUGCUAUCUCUCUCAGAAUGACCUUCUUGAUCCAAACCAGUCAGGUUUCAGGACUGGUCAUUCAACUGAGACUGCUCUUCUCUGUGUCACGGAGGCUCUCCACACUGCUAAAGCUAACUCUCUCUCCUCUGCUCUUGUCCUUCUAGACCUGUCUGCUGCCUUUGAUACAGUGAACCAUCAGAUCCUCCUCUCCACCCUCUCCGAGCUGGGCAUCUCCGGCGCGGCUCACUCCUGGAUUGCGUCCUACCUGACCGGUCGCUCCUACCAAGUGGCGUGGCGAGAAGCUGUCUCCGCACCACGUGCUCUCACCACUGGUGUCCCCCAGGGCUCAGUUCUAGGCCCUCUCCUUUUCUCCCUAUACACCAAGUCACUUGGCUCUGUCAUAUCCUCACAUGGCCUCUCCUAUCAUUGCUACGCUGACGAUACACAACUAAUCUCCUCCUUUCCCCCUUCUGAUAACCAGGUGGCGAAUCGCAUCUCUGCAUGUCUGGCCGACAUAUCAGUAUGGAUGACGGAUCACCACCUCAAGCUGAACCCUGGCAAGACGGAGCUGCUCUUCCUCCCGGGGAAGGACUGCCCGUUCCAUGAUCUCGCCAUCACGGUUGACAACUCCGUUGUGUCCUCCUCCCAGAGUGCGAAGAGCCUUGGCGUGACCCUGGACAACACCCUGUCGUUCUCCGCCAACAUCAAGGCGGUGACCCGAUCCUGCAGGUUCAUGCUCUACAACAUUCGGAGAGUACGACCCUGCCUUACACAGGAAGCGGCACAGGUCCUAAUCCAGGCACUUGUCAUCUCCCGUCUGGAUUACUGCAACUCGCUGUUGGCUGGGCUCCCUGCCUGUGCCAUUAAACCCCUACAACUCAUCCAGAAUGCCGCAGCCCGUCUGGUGUUCAACCUUCCCAAGUUCUCUCACGUCACCCCCCCCUCCUCCGCACACUCCACUGGCUUCCAGUUGAAGCUCGCAUCCGUUACAAGACCAUGGUGCUUGCCUAUGGAGCAGUGAGGGGAACGGCUCCUCCGUACCUUCAGGUUCUGAUCAGUCCCUACACCCAGGCGAGGGCAUUGCGUUCAUCCACCUCUGGCCUGCUGGCUCCCCUUCCUCUGCGGAAGCAUAGUUCCCGCUCAGCCCAGUCAAAGCUGUUCGCUGCUCUGGCACCCCAAUGGUGGAACAAGCUCCCUCACGACGCCAGGACAGCGGAGUCACUCACCACCUUCCGGAGACAUUUGAAACCCCACCUCUUUAAGGAACACCUGGGAUAGGAUAAAGUAAUCCUUCUACCCCCCCCCCCAAAAAAAAAAAAAAAAAAGUAUAAUUGUAAAGUGGUUAUCCCACUGGCUAUAGGGUGAAUGCACCAAUUUGUAGUCGCUCUGGAUAAGAGCGUCUGCUAAAUUACGUAAAUGUGCCCUUGAGCAAGGCACUUAACCCUAAUUGCUCCUGUAAGUCGCUCUGGAUAAGAGCGUCUGCUAAAUGACUAAAAUGUAAAUGUAAAUGUAAUUACAAGUUAUGAAGGACUGCAGUCAGGUGUGUUUCCAGUUAGUAUAGUAAUGUUAGUUUAUGACAGUGAAAGGCAGGGUGAUUGGUGCCUG